AUGCAACGGCGAAGAACGCGUUCUGGCUGCCUCCCGUGUCGCACUCGUCGGCGAAAAUGCGAUGGGGCACACCCACGUUGCCAGAAUUGUACCUUGCAAGGGCGUCGAUGCCAGUGGGGCCUCAAAGCCUCGUUCCAUCACUCACGCAAUCUCACACUAUCACGCUCUGACGUUAUCGACGAGACGGAGGCAACGAUCCGAGAUUAUAGAUUCCUGCAGAAUACUUCCCCGCCACCGAGGAGCCCGGAACCCUCACAUGACCCGGUCAGGGCUUUCGAAGAGCUGCGGGAAAGCCACACACUCGGUGGUAAUCAGCAUGGCACGGAAGAUGACAGUGUCGGUGAAAAUCUUGUGGCACGGCCAUCAUUUCAGGAUCUUGGCCAGACAGACAGCUAUCCGGCGACGCCGCCCUCGCCCGUGUCCAAUUCCAAGACCCCGAGCACCGGCAACGCGCACGGCCCGAUCGCGAUCGGAGAGCCUAACGCUGGCACGCACGUUGCACCUUUCUCGCUCGGCAAGGCUUGUUCUGGGGACAUCUCCAUCCUGCCCCAACCACCGUCUCCUGUUUCCGAGUCAGAGAAACUUAGGCUCAUUAGCUUCUACUUGCGAGGAACAGGAACUUGGUGCGAGACCACCGACUCUGAUAGGCAUUUUACGGUGUUCAGUAUCCAUGAGAUGAUGAAGUCAUCGGCGUUCGUCGCAGCAGCAAUGUCUCUCGCCUCGCGCCACUUGGACCACCUUCAACGUAGACAUCGCUCCGUCACACUGGAGCUAUACCAGCACACCAUCCGCCUGCUGCUCCGGCAAGACCCCGCCCGUGCUGAUUCUGCUGUGCUGGCAACAUGCACGCUACUGUGUGUUUACGAGAUGAUGGCAUCGGGUGUCGAUGAGUGGCGACGCCAUCUGAAGGGGUGUGCCGGUCUGCUCCAGCUGAAGAAGUGGAAUGGGUGUAGCCCUGGUAUUGUGAAAUCUUGCUUCUGGGCAUUUGCGCGGAUAGAUGUCUGGGCUGCAUUUGUCACCCGCAAAACGACCUUGAUCCCCGCCCACUUCUGGAUGAACGAUAUGUCCCUUGAGUCGCUGGCCGCCAAGGGCAAGGUGGAUGACUAUUGUAACAUAGCCAACUUAAUUUUUGCGAAGAUCGUUAAUUGCUUGACAAGGUGUGUUGGCCAUAGCAAAAUUGACUUGGGCGAGUCGGCGGCUCUGUGGGAUGAAAUGCAGCGCUGGUACCGGCUUCGGCCGCCGGAUGUCCACCCGUUGUUGCGACAGGAGCCUUGCCCUGGCACUAUUUUCCCCACGGUUUUACAUGCUCGGACAUCGGCCAUUUGUGGCAACACGUAUUAUCAUGCGGGCUCGAUUCUGCUCCUGCAGACGGGUGCUGUGCCGGUCGAUGCCAUUUGGCAUGCACGCGAACUGAUGGGCAUCUCAACUUGUAAUUCCUCUCAGUGA